AUGGCAGAAAAAUACUUCCCUCUUCUCCUUUCGGCUUUCCUCUUUUGUCUCCUUAGCUCCACUUGCACAGCCAAGAACAUCCUCUUCUCUGGCCAGAGCCUAUUUUCUGGCCAAUCAUUGACUGAGGGAAGGUACGUUUUAACUAUGCAGGGAGACUGCAAUCUCGUGCUGUAUAGCGGCGCAGCCGUAUGGUCCUCCGGAACCUUCCGCAAGGGCACAAACUGCCGGGCAACCCUGAAGAACGACGGUAGCUUUGUGGUAUACAGCGGCAGCGGCGUAGCUCUGUGGUCAAGCAGAACCAACAUUGGCCGUGGCAACUACGUCCUCGUCAUCCAACCCGACCGCAACGUUGUCAUCUACGGUCGUCCGCUCUGGUCCACCCGCACAAACAUCCCGACCGCCGGGUUCCCUAAAACAGUCCUCAAUAAUGUAACUUCGGGACCUCCAGCUAGGGUUGUCAACGCCACGGCUGCAGUAGAGCUGGGCGGGAAGAAGAAGGCAUGA